AUGCUCACCCCUAUUCCUCCUCACUCUAGCACCUUCGCCACGCUCACCCCUAUUCCUCCUCACUCUAGCACCUUCGCCACGCUCACCCCUGUUCCUCCUCACUCUAGAACCUUCGCCACGCUCACCCCUAUUCCUCCUCACUCUAGCACCUUCGUAAUGCUCACCCCUAUUCUUCCUCACUCUAGCACCGUCGUAAUGCUCACCCCUAUUCCUCCUCACUCUAGCACCUUCGCCACCCUCACCCCUAGUCCCCCUCACUCUAGCACCUUCGCCACGCUCACCCCUAGUCCUCCUCACUCUAGCACCAUCGCCACGCUCACCCCUAUUCCUCCUCACUCUAGCACCUUCGCCACGCUCACCCCUAUUCCUCCUCACUCUAGAACCUUCGCCACGCUCACCCCUAUUCCUCCUCACUCUAGCACCUUCGCCACCCUCACCCCUAUUCCUCCUCACUCUAGCACCUUCGCCACGCUCACCCCUAUUCCUCCUCACUCUAGCACCUUCGCCACACUCACCCCUAUUCCUCCUCACUCUAGCACCUUCCACCUUCGCACGCUCACCCCUAUUCCUCCUCACUCUAGCACCUUCGCCACGCUCACCCCUAUUCCUCCUCACUCUAGCACCUUCGCCACGCUCACCCCUAUUCCUCCUCACUCUAGCACCUUCGCCACGCUCACCCCUAUUCCUCCUCACUCUAGCACCUUCGCCACGCUCACCCCUAUUCCUCCUCACUCUAGCACCUUCGCCAACCUCACCCCUAUUCCUCCUCACUCUAGCACCUUCGCCACGCUCACCCUAUUCCUCCUCACUCUAGCACCUUCGCCACGCUCACCCCUAGCCCCCCUCACUCUAGCACCUUCGCAACGCUCACCCCUACACCUUCGCCACGCUCACCCCUAUUCCCCUCACUCUAGCACCUUCGCCACGCUCACCCCUAUUCCCCCUCACUCUAGCACCUUCGCCACGCUCACCCCUAGUCCUCCUCACUCUAGCACCUUCGCCAAGCUCACCCCUAUUCCUCCUCACUCUAGCACCUUCGCCACGCUCACCCAUAUUCCCCCUCACUCUAGCACCUUCCCCACGCUCACCCCUAUUCCUCCUCACUCUAGCACCUUCGCCACACUCACCCCUAUUCCUCCUCACUCUAGCACCUUCGCCACACUCACCCCUAUUCCUCCUCACUCCAGCAACUUCGCCACGCUCACCCCUAUUCCCCCUCACUCUAGCACCUUCGCCACGCUCACCCCUAUUCCCCCUCACUCUAGCACCUUCGCCACGCUCACCCCUAUUCCUCCUCACUCUAGCACCUUCGCCACGCUCACCCCUAUUCCCCCUUACUCUAGCACCUUCGCCACGCUCACCCCUAUUCCCCCUCACUCUAGCACCUUCGCCACGCUCACCCCUAUUCCCCCUCACUCUAGCACCUUCGCCACACUCACCCCUAUUCCUCCUCACUCUAGCACCUUCGCCACGCUCACCCCUAUUCCUCCUCACUCUAGCACCUUCGCCACGCUCACCCCUAUUCCCCCUCACUCUAGCACCUUCGCCACGCUCACCCCUAUUCCCCCUCACUCUAGCACCUUCGCCACGCUCACCCCUAUUCCCCCUCACUCUAGCACCUUCGCCACACUCACCCCUAUUCCUCCUCACUCUAGCACCUUCGCCACGCUCACCCCUAUUCCUCCUCACUCUAGCACCUUCGCCACGCUCACCCCUAUUCCCCCUCACUCUAGCACCUUCGCCACGCUCACCCCUAUUCCUCCUCACUCUAGCACCUUCGCCACACUCACCCCUAUUCCCCCUUACUCUAGCACCUUCGCCACGCUCACCCCUAUUCCCCCUCACUCUAGCACCUUCGCCACGCUCACCCCUAUUCCUCCUCACUCUAGCACCUUCGCCACGCUCACCCCUAUUCCCCCUCACUCUAGCACCUUCGCCACGCUCACCCCUAUUCCUCCUCACUCUAGCACCUUCGCCACGCUCACCCCUAUUCCCCCUCACUCUAGCACCUUCGCCACGCUCACCCAUAUUCCUCCUCACUCUAGCACCUUCGCCACGCUCACCCCUAUUCCCCCUCACUCUAGCACCUUCGCCACGCUCACCCCUAUUCCCCCUCACUCUAGCACCUUCGCCACGCUCACCCCUAGUCCUCCUCACUCUAGCACCUUCGCCAAGCUCACCCCUAUUCCUCCUCACUCUAGCACCUUCGCCACGCUCACCCCUAUUCCCCCUCACUCUAGCACCUUCGCCACGCUCACCCAUAUUCCUCCUCACUCUAGCACCUUCGCCACGCUCACCCCUAUUCCCCCUCACUCUAGCACCUUCGCCACGCUCACCCCUAUUCCCCCUCACUCUAGCACCUUCGCCACGCUCACCCCUAGUCCUCCUCACUCUAGCACCUUCGCCAAGCUCACCCCUAUUCCUCCUCACUCUAGCACCUUCGCCACGCUCACCCAUAUUCCCCCUCACUCUAGCACCUUCGCCACGCUCACCCCUAUUCCUCCUCACUCUAGCACCUUCGCCACGCUCACCCCUAUUCCUCCUCACUCUAGCACCUUCGCCACACUCACCCCUAUUCCUCCUCACUCUAGCACCUUCGCCACGCUCACCCCUAUUCCCCCUCACUCUAGCACCUUCGCCACGCUCACCCCUAUUCCCCCUCACUCUAGCACCUUCGCCACGCUCACCCCUAUUCCUCCUCACUCUAGCACCUUCGCCACGCUCACCCCUAUUCCUCCUCACUCUAGCACCUUCGCCACACUCACCCCUAUUCCCCCUCACUCUAGCACCUUCGCCACGCUCACCCAUAUUCCUCCUCACUCUAGCACCUUCGCCACGCUCACCCCUAUUCCCCCUCACUCUAGCACCUUCGCCACGCUCACCCCUAUUCCCCCUCACUCUAGCACCUUCGCCACGCUCACCCCUACACCUUCGCCACGCUCACCCCUACACCUUCGCCACGCUCACCCCUAUUCCCCUCACUCUAGCACCUUCGCCACACUCACCCCUAUUCCUCCUCACUCUAGCACCUUCGCCACACUCACCCCUAUUCCUCCUCACUCUAGCACCUUCGCCACGCUCACCCCUAUUCCCCCUCACUCUAGCACCUUCGCCACGCUCACCCCUAUUCCCCCUCACUCUAGCACCUUCGCCACGCUCACCCCUAUUCCUCCUCACUCUAGCACCUUCGCCACGCUCACCCCUAUUCCUCCUCACUCUAGCACCUUCGCCACACUCACCCUAUUCCCCCUCACUCUAGCACCUUCGCCACGCUCACCCAUAUUCCUCCUCACUCUAGCACCUUCGCCACGCUCACCCCUAUUCCCCCUCACUCUAGCACCUUCGCCACGCUCACCCCUAUUCCCCCUCACUCUAGCACCUUCGCCACGCUCACCCCUACACCUUCGCCACGCUCACCCCUAUUCCCCUCACUCUAGCACCUUCGCCACGCUCACCCCUAUUCCCCCUCACUCUAGCACCUUCGCCACGCUCACCCCUAUUCCCCCUCACUCUAGCACCUUCGCCACACUCACCCCUAUUCCUCCUCACUCUAGCACCUUCGCCACGCUCACCCCUAUUCCUCCUCACUCUAGCACCUUCGCCACGCUCACCCCUAUUCCCCCUCACUCUAGCACCUUCGCCACGCUCACCCCUAUUCCCCCUCACUCUAGCACCUUCGCCACGCUCACCCCUAUUCCUCCUCACUCUAGCACCUUCGCCACACUCACCCCUAUUCCCCCUUACUCUAGCACCUUCGCCACGCUCACCCCUAUUCCCCCUCACUCUAGCACCUUCGCCACGCUCACCCCUAUUCCUCCUCACUCUAGCACCUUCGCCACGCUCACCCCUAUUCCCCCUCACUCUAGCACCUUCGCCACGCUCACCCCUAUUCCUCCUCACUCUAGCACCUUCGCCACGCUCACCCCUAUUCCCCCUCACUCUAGCACCUUCGCCACGCUCACACCCAUAUUCCUCCUCACUCUAGCACCUUCGCCACGCUCACCCCUAUUCCCCCUCACUCUAGCACCUUCGCCACGCUCACCCCUAUUCCCCCUCACUCUAGCACCUUCGCCACGCUCACCCCUACACCUUCGCCACACUCACCCCUAUUCCCCCACCUUCGCCACGCUCACCCCUAUUCCUCCUCACUCUAGCACCUUCGCCACGCUCACCCCUAUUCCCCCUCACUCUAGCACCUUCGCCACACUCACCCCUAUUCCUCCUCACUCUAGCACCUUCGCCACGCUCACCCCUAUUCCCCCUCACUCUAGCUCCUUCGCCACGCUCACCCCUAUUCCCCCUCACUCUAGCACCUUCGCCACGCUCACCCCUAUUCCUCCUCACUCUAGCACCUUCGCCACACUCACCCCUAUUCCUCCUCACUCUAGCACCUUCGCCACGCUCACCCCUAUUACUCCUCACUCUAGCACCUUCGCAACGCUCACCCCUAUUCCUCCUCACUCUAGCACCUUCGCCACGCUCACCCCUAUUCCUCCUCACUCUAGCACCUUCGCCACGCUCACCCCUAUUCCCUCUCACUCUAGCACCUUCGCCACGCUCACCCAUAUUCCUUCUCACUCUAGCACCUUCGCCACGCUCACCCCUAUUCCUCCUCACUCUAGCACCUUCGCCACGCUCACCCCUAUUCCCCCUCACUCUAGCACCUUCGCCACGCUCACCCCUAGUCCUCCUCACUCUAGCACCUUCGCCAAGCUCACCCCUAUUCCUCCUCACUCUAGCACCUUCGCCACGCUCACCCAUAUUCCCCCUCACUCUAGCACCUUCGCCACGCUCACCCCUAUUCCUCCUCACUCUAGCACCUUCGCCACGCUCACCCCUAUUCCCCCUCACUCUAGCACCUUCGCCACACUCACCCCUAUUCCUCCUCACUCUAGCACCUUCGCCACGCUCACCCCUAUUCCCCCUCACUCUAGCACCUUCGCCACGCUCACCCCUAUUCCCCCUCACUCUAGCACCUUCGCUACGCUCACCCCUAUUCCUCCUCACUCUAGCACCUUCGCCACACUCACCCCUAUUCCUCCUCACUCUAGCACCUUCGCCACGCUCACCCCUAUUCCUCCUCACUCUAGCACCUUCGCCACGCUCACCCCUAUUCCUCCUCACUCUAGCACCUUCGCCACGCUCACCCCUAUUCCUCCUCACUCUAGCACCUUCGCCACGCUCACCCCUAUUCCUCCUCACUCUAGCACCUUCGCCACACUCACCCCUAUUCCCCCUCACUCUAGCACCUUCGCCACGCUCACCCCUAUUCCCCCUCACUCUAGCACCUUCGCCACACUCACCCCUAUUCCCCCUCACUCUAGCACCUUCACCACGCUCACCCCUAUUCCUCCUCACUCUAGCACCUUCGCCACGCUCACCCCUAUUCCCCCUCACUCUAGCACCUUCGCCACACUCACCCCUAUUCCUCCUCACUCUAGCACCUUCGCCACGCUCACCCCUAUUCCCCCUCACUCUAGCACCUUCGCCACGCUCACCCCUAUUCCCCCUCACUCUAGCACCUUCGCCACGCUCACCCCUAUUCCUCCUCACUCUAGCACCUUCGCCACACUCACUCCUAUUCCUCCUCACUCUAGCACCUUCGCCACGCUCACACCCUAUUCCUCCUCACUCUAG